AUGAAACUUGAGGCGCCGCGCCGCCCGGGGCUGGGGGCGCCCGCUCCCUCACCCAGGACCGGGCCGCCGGCGCUGACAGGUGCCCAGGGCCGCCGCCGCGCCGAGAGCCGGCGCGCGCGGGGAGGGGCUGUAGCCUCGCCGCACCCUCGCCUGUCAGCCAACGGCGCCGGCGGGAGCGAGCGCGGGACGGCGGGCGCGCGGGGCGGGAGGCCGGCCGUGGUCCCCGGCGUCCGAGUGCCCGGCGAGCCGCCCCGACCCGGCUGGUCCGCCUGCGACCGCGGGGGCGGGGGCCGAGCUGCCGGGCGCGGGGGAGCGGGGCCGGGAGCCGGCGGUUGGCGGGACGCGCGCUCCGUGCCGGCGCCCGGCCUCGAGCCCGCGCCCCCCUCGUCCCCGCGUGCCCGAGCCGCUGCGCGGUGCAGUGUGGGGAACGGCUGGGGUUGGCCGAAGCGCGCACAGUGGAGUUUUAAUGUCUGCCGCGUUGGCCACGGCGUACUGAGGAGAGCGACCGAGAGAGGAGCGGAGCGUCUCGGCCUCCCACCUCCAGGCGGCUCUGAGUGCCCGGACGGCGGGUCCGCGCUCCGCCCCUCCAGUCCCCGGCAGCGGUGGGCGAGUGGGGACCGAACCCCCGGUUCUCCACGAUCCCGCUGGCCGGGGCCGUUUCCCCAGAGCGGAGAGGUAUCUGCCGCGCCUGAGAUGAGUCAACUGUCGUUUCGGGCGCGGGCGCUAGACGCCUCGAAGCCGCUGCCGGUUUUCCGCUGUGAGGAUCUGCCCGACCUGCAGGAAUACGCCUGGAUACGCCGGGCCGCGCCGCAGAUGCCCACCGGAAUGGAGAUGGAGGAAGGGGCACCUACCUGA